UGAAUGAACACUUUCCGUCCAUAAAGACUGGGGACUGACCCCUGCAUCUGAGUACUUUCGAUCUUCUUUAAGCAAAUAGUAUCAAGUCAAGUUUGAGCUGAAAAUGGUCGGCAGUUCGAAACGAAAAAUGAAGGCUAUUGUUAUCAACGAAUUCGUCAAUGACUUUGAUGAAAUAAAGGUCUCCGAUAUUGACCGGCCAAUCUCUACAGCAGACCGCUACCUCAUCCAAGUCAAGGCUGCUGGGGUGAACUUUGUCGAUACCCUCUAUGCCAGGGGAAGACACCAAAACAACCGGUUCCUGGUACGGCCGCCCUUCACACUAGGCCUCGAAUUCGCCGGCAUCAUCCUCUCAUCACCACCUACCUCCGAAUUCCGUCCCGGCGAUAGAGUCUUCGGAGGCAGCACAGGUUCCUACAGCGAGAUCAUCUCCCUCGACGUUUUGACGCCCCUCCAUCGCAUCCCUCCCCAAUGGACAUUCGCCCAAGCCGCCGGGCUAGCCGCCACGCUCCCCGUCUCCUACGCAGCGCUCGUCCAAGCUGGCAUCAAGGCCGGCCAGACUGUCUUGGUCCAUGCCGCUGCCGGUGGGCUCGGUCUGAUGGCCCUUCAGGUUGCCGCGGCCUUGGGAUGCCGUGUGAUAGGGACGGCGGGCUCAUCCGAGAAGUGCAACGUGGCUCGACGUUCGGGGGCUGAUGUUUGCAUCAACUACUCCGAGGAUGCGGCGUGGUGGGAUCGUGUGCUGGAGCUGACUGAUGGGAAGGGUGUCGACGUGGUUUUUGAUCCCGUCGGCCUCGUGGACCGAAGCUUGAAGUGCAUUGCUCACAGAGGCAAGAUACUGAUUGUAGGGUUUGCUGGUAUCCAGAACGAUAUGGAGAAAAUCGCCAUGAAUAGAGUCCUACUCAAGCAGGUGUGUUUGAUAGGUUAUCUGAAACCCUUGAUGGAAACGGAUAAAAUCCGGCCUGUCAUCUAUCAUGCUGAGUAUCCUGGUCUUGAACAUGUUCCCAGGGCUCUCAAGGACAUGUUAAGCCGCAAAAUUUGGGGCAAAGCAGUCAUCACUUUGGAUAAUGACAGUGGUAGUCUGCCUUUGACAAAGCUCUAA